AUGGCACCGAUGAUCAGGGCGGUAGCAGUUUGCUUUGUGGCACUCUGCGGAUUACGAGCAACAGGAACUUCUGGCGCGGCGGCAACAACUGAAGCAGCAGGCGAUGCUCUUUACCUGCUCCUUAAUCUUGCACGUAAUGGGAAGCUUCCAGUAAGGAUUGAGACCUUAAAGAAGAGUGAAAGCCUGGUCUCAACCGUUACCAGCGCUUUGCCUUCACUCGUUGGGGACGACCAGUGUGCAAACGCUGGGAGCAUCACUGUCCAAACCGUAAGCUGUUCAGCGAAUAUCGCAGAACUUUUGCGAUGCCACGCCGCAUAUCCAUCGGACAAAUGGGGUAGCGGGAGUUGGUCCACCGACAAGGAGGUUGGGCUUCUAGGAUACCUUUUGUGGCAUGACAGCACUGAAGUUGGAUGUGUUGCAUCAAAGUGCGCCGCUGGAACAAACGUCACGCUGUGCCGUUUCAAGCCAACUGCGGCUUCGGGGCAAUUCCCAUUCAGCGAGGAGUACUAUAAUGGUCUCAAAGCACGCACCACCUCUCUGGCGGACCUGACCGCAGAUGACCUGGACACCAGCAGCGGAGUGACUGUGCCUUCUGUUCUUUUUGGUGGUCUUGUUGCCAUGCUAGCUUUGGCAUCCGUUUGA